UAAGUUUUGGUUUUGGUCAGUAAGAAGUUUUGGAACAGGAGGAUCGGCUCCUUAUGGCAUUUUUUGUAACACUCGGCCACAUGCUUGUCAACUGAGGCUUGUUUUAAGCAGGUAUAUACACAGGAGCAUUGUAUACACGGCCACAAGAUAAUGUACUCUCAAAAGUCUCUAGUCCCUGGAGGGUUGGGGCCAGGCCGUCGGUCCGCGACGCUCAGGUCACAUCAGGAGGUCCACCGCCAUUACGGGAUGUUGGCGCGUCCUCAGCAUGAUGGCAAUUUCACAACGCGGAAUGUAUACGAGGAUGCUGCCAGAGGGUUGGCCAGGAGGCACGCGGGUAGUCAUCAUGAGGGGCCAUCGGGCAUGGACUUCGUUUCCGCCUUACGCAACGUGUUUGAUCAGGCGACAGCAAAGGGUGCCUCCGCCCCCACCGCUGCGCAAAGAGUCGCUUCAGCAGCAACAGCAACAGCCUCCGGUUUUGCAUCCUGCGCAGCACCGGCAGCCGCCGCUACAUCAACACCAGCAGCAGCUACUGCUGCCGUACCUCCUGUCCCACCCGGGCCCUACGCUUCCAUACAAAUGCCGGCUGCCGCAUCCUCAGCCCCCAGCGAUGUCCAGAGCAUCCUUGACUCCACCUUAGCACAGCAGGUGCUGAUGGGGCAGGGUGCCGUACAAGAUGACCCCGUUGCGGCAGCACGGCAGCUCCAGAUGUUCCUGACGCAGUAUAGAGAUCAGUACGGCCCCGAAACCGACGUGCGCAUUGGUGCUGCCGUACAGAAGCUACAAGAGUACAUUGACGGCUACAGCCAGCAGCAGCAGGCGUUUGGUGCUGGCGGUGUUGCUGGUGCUGCGGGGGAGGUUGCUGGCAUGGCUGGCGGGAUGCUCGACAACGGUACGGCAGCUGAGGCUGUUAGCGGCGCCGCCUCAGCCGGUGGCGCGUACCAUAACUAUAUUCUUGAACAGCUGACCGGCGUGUUGGACUGGGUGAACUCGCUGCUGGUCAGGAGCAACCCGCGGCCCUACGUGUUCGACGCCUACGGGCGGGUGGUGGAGGACGCGGGUGCGGCGGAGGGUGUUGUACGGCAGCAGGAGCAGCUGCGCGCGGCGUCCAGCUCGCUGCGGAUGCUCAUUCAGCAGCUGCAGCAGGUGAACCAGCAGUACUCCCCGGUUGCUGACGCGGACGAGCGGGCUGCCAUGGGCCAGGUGCUCUCGCAGCUCACCACCAUGGCUGACCGACUCGCAGUGGCAGCCGCGCGCAAACCCAUGCCGCCGCUGCAACCACCCUCCGCCUCCUCAGCAGCAGCCGCAAUGUCCAACACCGUAAGCGAUGUGGCCGCCGCCGCCUCCUCCUCCCCGGUGCCGUACAUCCGUCCGGAGCAUCUGUACGGCGCGGAUUCGUACCGCGACCCGCUGCUGCGCGUGCUUGACGGCAUCUACAGCGCGGUGGUGGUGGACAGCGGGUUGCGGGAGUUCCUGGCGGGGGUGAAGCAGCUGGGGGACAGCCUGGCGGCCAGCAUGGCGGGGGCCUGGACCGGCGCCCCGCCCAUCGGCCGCCUGAUCGCCUACAUGGCUGCAGUGGCGGGAGUGCUGUUCGUGAUGCGCACCCGACUGCCGCGCGCACUGCUGGCGCCCACCAAGCUGCCCUUCAGACUGCAGCUGCCGGGUGGGGUCCCUGCAGCGGGAGCGGAGGAGGGAGCGGACUCCGGAGCUGAUGGCAGCGACGGCGAUGGUGCCGUGGUCACGCCCUGGCAGCAGCAGCAGCAGCAGGCGGCGGCGGCAGUGGCUGCUAAUCCCGCAGCCGCAGCGGCAUUCUCGGCCAUAUCGAGCAACAGCAACGGCAGCAGCGACGGGCCGGCCACGGCUGCUGCGGCGGCCGCCGCCUUUGCUGCCAUCGCCUCCUCCAACGGCGGAAACGGCAGCAGCAGCAACCACCACCACCACAACCCCUGGACGGAUGCAGUGGCAAACGCCGCUGAUUCCAAUGGCGCCGUCGGCGGUUAUGCCAAUGCUAACGGCAGCUUGGGCGGCAACGGCGUGGCGACGCAGCCGGCAGCAGCAACACAGCAGCAACAGCAGCUUGAAGGAUUCGCAACCGGUAGCAACAGCGGCAGCAACGGUAACAGCGGCAGCAACAGGGCGUUCAGUCUGGGUAUGGGCAACGGUUGGGCCAUGCUUACAGGCGGCCCUCAAGCACCGACCGCAUCAGCCUCCGCCGCCCCCUCCGGCCUCUUCACCUCCGCUGCCUUCCCUGGAGCCCGCAGCGCCACCACCCAACGACAACACAACGAUGACCUGGUGGACUGGUGGGGCGUCACCGGCAAGCAACAACAACAACAACAACAACAACAGCAGCCAGCAACCCCGCCAGCGCAACAUGUCGAACAGCAACAGCCGCCCAAGCAACACAACCACCACCGCCACCCCCAGUCGGCACCCUCCGGUCUUCCAACCGCUGCGGCCGUCAGCACAGCCAACUCAGCCGGCCGGCAGCCCCACCCUCCCCCCUCCUCCUCCCCUGCCACGGCUGCCAGCAGCAACAGCGCCCCGCGUCCGCUCUCCGCUGUGGCCGAGUCCUGGGCGGCCUUCCGGCGCCUACAUGAGCCCGCUGCCGCCCCCGCCGCCGCUAAGAGCCCCGCCAGCAGCCCCCAGCUGGGGACCCGCGCGGCUGCAGCGGCGGGGGUAGAGGCGGGAGGAGGCGGAGUGCUGGACACCACCGCGGCCCUAGCUGCAGCCGCAGUGGCCGCCGCCGCGCUGAGGGCACCCACCCAGGCAUCAUCCACCCGCCUGCACGACACCCCCUCACGUCCCCCCACCUCCUCCGCCUCCCUCGACUCAUCAACCCCUCCCAAAGCCACCACCACCGCCGCCGCCGCAGUCUCCGCAUCCCACAGUGGCGCCAAUGCCGGGUCCGCCAGCAUCCCGCAUCUGCCCGCCUUCACCGGCAGUCUGGCCAACACCGGUGGUGGUGCCGUGUUGGGUGGCGGGGGCGUUGGGGGGGGUGCUUUCGGGUCCGCCGGCGAUCGCGCCGCCCUGCGCGCGAGCAUCAAGGAGCGGCUGCGCUGGGUGUGCGCCGCGCUGGGCCCCGUGAGCAGUGUGGUGCCGGGCGGGGAGCCGCUGCGGGGGGAGGUGGAUGCGCUGGUGAUGCAGCUGGAGGCGCUAGGCGAGGGAGCGGGGGCGGGGGGUGCGGCGACGCAUCCAGCAGCGGCUGCGUCCCCGCGUGCUGAGCCGGGGCUGCUGGGCGAGUGGCAGCUGGUGUACGCGUCCAACGCGCCAACCGCCGCUGCCACCGCGCCCGGCGCGACUUCCACGUUCUCUACUGCUCUUGGUGCCGCCGCUGCCGGGUUCGGCAACAGCAGCAGCAGCAGCAACAGCCUCACCCCGACCGCCGCCAACGGCCCCAACCUGCUAUCCCAGCUGCUGCAUGUGGCUGACAACCUGCCGGGCUUCGGCAUGAGCCACGUGGUGCAGCGCAUCACACUGCAGGAGGCUGCGGCAACUGCACCCACCACCUCCGGACCCCAGCGACAACCCCGCGCCGCCUCCUCGCCCUCGCCCGCCUCCGCCUUCUCCUUCUCCGCCUCCUCCUCGGCCCCUGCCGCUACCCCCGCCUCCGCCUCCUCCCCGCCAGCCGCCACCCUGGUCACGGAGAACAGCGCCGUGUUCCGCUUCGGUCCGCUGGGCAGCUGGAAGGUGACGGUGCGCGGUACCUGGCUGGGACUGGGACAGCAGGCGUCCGGGCAGCAGCAGCACGCCACCACCUCCCCGUCCCCCGCCUUUCGCAGCCACGCCAACCCCAACAACAGCCACAACAACAGCAACAUGAGCUUCGCUGCCAGCAGCAACAGCAGCAGCAUUCCCGGCAGCAGCCACAGCCAUCACAGCGGCAGCAGCCUGGACCGACCCGGCGGGUCGGUGUGUGCCGCUGUUGCGGAGUUCGAGUCCUUCUCGGUGCAGCCAGUGGAGUUGUGGGGGCUGCCGGUGGACCAGCUGCUGCCGGAGGUGGUGGUGCCGCUGCCGGAGGUGCUGCGCAGCCGGGCGGAGUGGAGC